AUGGAAUUGCUCGAUAGAACGGUUUUUGAAAAGUUUAGCAAACAUAUUGCGAUAAAACAUCACCAUUCCAGGGAAACUAUCAGUGCAGUUACUUACGAGCAGCUAUGGCUCGAAAUGGAAAAAGUAGCGAGGGUUCUAAGGGAACAGCACAUCGAAGGGAAAGUUAUCGGUGUACAAUUGUCACACUGUCCUGCACUAAUUGCCGUUAUAGGAGGAAUUAUCUUGUCCGGUAACAGUUUCUAUUGUGUAGAUCCAUCAGCAGUUGAUCAACUUGUGUCCGAGUAUGGUGAAUGCGCUUCAUUCCUUUUAGAGGAUGGUAAGUCAAACUGGGUGUGCGAUGGUUUGCAGUUCUGUUUGGGAUUGUGCGUUUUUACGUCGCGCCUGAUACUUGCAGUUAGUUUAUCCUGCUCGGUAAGCUAUCCUGGACUGGCCUUUUGUGUAAGAACGUCUGGUUCGACUGGUCGGCCCAAAACUGUGCUCGUUCCAAAGGCCUGCAUAAUGCCAAAUGUACUGUCGCUUAGUGAUCAGUUCGAGUUGUGCGAGCGUGAUGUUAUUUUUGUAUGCUCACCUCCAACGUUUGAUCCGUUUGUGGUCGAUAUUCUCAUGGGUUUGCGUGCCGGAGCUACGCUUCUGCUGGUAGAUAACUCAAUACGUUUGUCAGCUAAACGACUUCUGUCCCGACUUUUUCCUGGUGUAACGGUAAUGCAAAUGACACCCUCUAUGUUUGCACGUUGGGAUUCGAUUGAUGUGUCGCAAAUAAUUUUUGGCCCUACAACAACGCUCAGAAUUUUGGUUUUAGGUGGAGAAAAAUUUCCAACACUGAAAACGCCUGCUGAUAGCCGAGUGCUCUUAUACAACAUCUACGGCAUAACGGAGGUUUCAUGCUGGAGUAUGAUUCAACAAGUGUCUCACGAAUAUGUGUUAGAUGUUCCACUUGGGAAACCACUGGAUAAUUCGAUAAAGCUGCAGCUAAGGAACUUAGAUGACGAACGUUUGCAAACGAUAAAAAAUACCGUCGGCUCUACAGUAGGUCAACUGUACAUCGGAAGUUGCUCUAGAAAAUGUGUCAUACUUGGAGAAGCAGACGAAGAUUACGAUAUAUUACUUGCCAAAGAUGUCGUCUAUCGACCUACGGGAGAUGUGGUGGAAAUUACCCCGGAAGGCAAUUACUAUUACCGUGGCCGAAGUAAUCGAAUGAUCAAACGAUUCGGAUGCCGGAUUAGUUUGUCAGUAGUGGAAACAGUACUGCAAAGCCAUCCAUCUGUCAUACAAUGCGCGUUAUGCUUUAUCAGUGAACAAAAUAGAUUGUUGAUGUUCGUGAAAACAGACAUCAAUGAUCUUUCGCUACAGGAGAUGCUUUGGCGAGAAAUGCGAGCUAAGUUAAAGCCAGAAAAUCUCCCAGACGAAUUACUACUGAUCGACAGCUUUCCUCUGUCUGCACAUGGAAAAGUUUGUACCGAUGGAUUGCGACAAAUCUACGAACAGUUAAAACUGCAAUCCUUCCAAGAUGAUAGUAUUUCAGUGGUGGAUUUUUUUCGAACAGAACUCAGUGCAAUGGGAAUUGCAUAUGAUCGAGCGCCUGCAAAAGAGGGUGAAAGAAAAACGAGGAAACUAAACACGUCGUUCAUCGAUCGUGGAGGAUCGUCUUUUGUCGCCCUACGUUUACAUACCGCUUUGGAAGACAAGUUCAAAAUACAAUUGCCAGAACUGAUCACGCUGCUACUAAACCCAUCGAUUCCGUUGGAAGAUGCUUUCAAAUAUGUCGAAAAGAAUGUUUUAUCUAAAACCAUCUGCUCCGUGGAAGCUGAACCGAGAAAACUUGAAGUUCCUGAUGAAAAUUUGCUAUCGAUCGUUUGCCAUUACAAUUUGGAAAAAUGCAUAGAUUCUCGCGCGACUAUAAUGUUUUGUAAGGAUUUUGGGCAUAUCUUAACGGUUGGCAGCCAUUCUGGGAUCGUUUUAACGAUAAGCAUCGAGACAAAUGCAGUCGUUUCAAGAUUUUUGUUACCAGAUCGAGUGGAAUGUGCAGUUAGCUUCAUCACGGUCGAGAACAACUUGGUGCAUGGUGUAGUUGGAUGCUAUGACGGCUUUUUGUACUGCUUCAAUCCGCUCGAUGGGAGCCUAGGAUGGAAGUACGAUGCUGGAGCAAUGAUUAAAUGUACUCCUCUUGUGCUGUCGUCAACGAAUUUAAUCAUCUUUGGAUGCUACAGCACCAUCUCCAAUUUACAUUGCAUUGAAUGGGGAAAAUCUAGUCCGACGUUGCGAUGGAAGGUGCAGAUAGGAACCAAACCAAUUUUAUCCCAACCGUUGGUUUUAGGUGGUUACAACGGAAACUCAGUGUUGAUUGCCACUUUGGACGGUACGUUAGCCUCAGUAAACAUUUGCACAGGUUCUUGUGUGUGGAGCAGAGCAUUGUCGUCAGGCUCCAUACCAAUAUUUAGCACACCCACUUUUCUGCCCGAGUACAACCGGAUUGCUUGUUGCUUAGUUGAUGGCACCUUUGUAAUAUGCGAUGCUUUAGCAGGAGCGGAGAUAUCGAAACAUAAGCUUCCCGGCAAUGUUUUCUCAUCGUUCGAAGCUUUAAAAUAUCCCGAAGAUCGUGUACAUUUCAUUGUCGGAUGCUAUGAUCGGAAUGUGCAUUGCAUUGAGUAUUUACGGAGGAAUGGUGAAUCUUUAUCACUCAAAUGGCGAAUCGAAGUUCAGUCACAAAUCUACGCCACUCCACAAUCAGCUAAAAGCCAUCUGAUAGUUUGCACCACAUCAGGGUGGGUUAAUUUAAUUGAUGUGAGAGAAAACUGUGAAGAAACACAGACGGAACAAAAAAUUGUUGCCGCCAUUAAGAUGAACGGUGAAUUAUUUGCUACUCCUGUGGUACACGAUGAUUUGGUGUUUGUGGGCUGUAGGGAUAACUUUUUGUAUUGCUUAAGGGUAAAUGUGUAA